AUGGCCACUUCUCCCGGACUAUUAAAAGCCACAGCGGUGAAGGAGAUAUCAAAGUUUCCGGUCUUGCCCCCGAUUGAAGGAACGCAGCAGCGGGAUGAGGUUGCACAGGCCACUGCAGCAAAGGACGAGAUAGCCCAAAGAAUACGUGUUCAGAAGAAACUACUGCUGCACAGGAGGAGUAAAGUGCGACAACAACAACUCCAUAAGAUACUGAUGUCAAGAGCAAUCGAAACCUACAAACAGAGCAAAGAGAUGGAAGCAGUUUGCAGCAAUUCACCAGAGCCACAAUUUCCACCUUCUAUGCUCAGUGAGGAGCGGAAGCGAAGGAUGAACCACAUGUUUCUGAAGCGCUGUGUGGAGAGCAGCCCAGUGGCUCCAAUCCAGCAGCAUUGCAUAGACUCCAUUGUUGCCAGAGUUGCACAUAAACUCCAAGAGACUCAUAAGUCCAAAACACUUCUACAGGAGCUCUGCAUGGAAGUCAGUAAUGACUUCCACAGUGUGAUCGUCAGGCACACAGUGGACACAGUACUAAAGAAUCCACAGAAAGAAGGACCUAACUCAGGGGCAGCUACACAAACAGAACUUGUUGAUUUCUCCCAACCCUGGCAUCAAAGUUUUACCAGAAGCCGCAAGCUUAUGCAAAAAAAUCUACACGUUCUUCACCCCGUGAUGCAAACCGUCCUUGAUAUUGGCUACGUGACUUUUUCUUCACUAAUCCUGGUUGAUCUCGCUGAAUGUCGGGCUUCAGGACCCGUAGACUGUAAGGGCCUGCAGAACAAAAUGGCUGUGCAGUGUAAGAGGACAGAAGACCGUAUCAUGAAUACCUGGUUUCCAAAAGUCAUCAGCUUAUUGACAAGUAAGGAAACACUGAGGAGAGUUAAAGAGGAGAAACAGGACUCCUUCUUCAGAUGUGCAUCAACCCUCAUCUCAAAUCAGUUGAAAUCGGUGCUUCAUAAAAGUCUAGAGGAGUUUGUCGGUCUGUUUGAUCCAAGCAAUGGUCAGUGCCUGCUCGUCUUUCGCAUGGCCUUGACCUUCGAUGAUGAAAAGAUGGAAAUUUAUCCCACCUUACAAGAUCUAAAAGCUGCUGUCUUUGAGAUUCUUUAUGCCAUUACAAAUACACUGCAGAAAGUACAGACCAUCCAGUCAUGGCUUCUACAAGGGGCAUCAUUUUUUGUGGAUGCAAAGGUGGCCGAUCACAUUCUUUCUUGGGCAAAGGUCACUGUCAAGUCCGCCCUGUGCAAGAAUCUAGAAGAACCUGACAAACAUUUCCAGAACUAUGUUGAUAACUAUGACUGGUUGGUCAAUGGAACUGCUAAAGCUAGGGUGGAGAAAUUCAUGAAAGAGGAGCACUCUUUUGAGGAAUACACUAAGCAAGUGGAGGAGUUUCGUUCUCUGUCAAAGGAGAUUAGCAGCCUCCCAGCCAAAGCCCACUUCACAAUGGUCCAUCUGGACUGUGAAGAGCUUAAGCAAGGCCUGGCCAACAAAGCCAAAAACUAUGCUGAAAUACUUCUGAAGAAACUCAUCAUCAGCCACCGAGAGCAGAAUCUACAGAUCUGCUCAGAAUUUGAAACCAUCAGAGAGAAGGCUGUGAAAAUACCAGAGACUACAGAGGAGAUGACUGAGCUCAUUGGUUACAUUCAUUUAAUUAAGACAAAUGGUAUUGCACAACUUAAUGAAAAAAUAAAGGAAGCCUACUGCAGACUGACCUACCUCCUGCAUGUCCACACCAUUGAACCAGAGGAUCAAGAACUGAAUUCAACUCUCUUCCUCUGGCCACAGAAAAUCCUCCAUGCCUUUGAGCUCAAUGAUGAGGUGCUGCAGAAAGCCAAGAAGAAAGGGCAACAGGAGUUGAUUGCUAGAAGAGAAAGAUUGAUUGUUCAGCUGGAAAAGUUGGGUCGCAGGAUAGAGGAGUUCCCAUUGUGCUCUGAGCUGGAUAUGAUGCAACAGUAUAUUAAGGAUGUCAAAACAGUUCAGAAACUUCUCCAGGAGGCUGAGGAGACCAUCGUCUUCAUUAACAGACAGGAGGACUUUUACAAAUGGGAGCAAACGUGUUACCCAGAGGUUGAUGUCAUCAGAGACAGCAUUGAACCAUAUCAUAAAGUGUUUGGACUUGUCCUGAAGUGGCAGCGCACAGAGAACAGAUGGAUGGACGGUUCCUUCCAGGAUCUAGAUGGCGAGAGCAUGGAGGGUAAGGUGGAUGAUUUCUUAAGGGAGACCUUCAAGAUGCUCAAGUUUUUCCAACAAAAACAGAAUAAGACUGAGCAAGAAAUGGAGAAGAUGGCGGGGGCGACUAAGCGACGCGCUAGUGUGGAUAGUCCUAGGAAGCAGGAAAGCCCCACAGUGUUUUUGUGCUCAACUGUUAUGGAGCAAAUCAAAGAAUUCAAGGAACACAUCCCUGUAGUGUCAAUCUUGUGUAAUCCAGGCAUCCGAGCUCGCCACUGGGAACAGAUGUCAGAGGUAGUGGGGUUUGACCUCACUCCUGACUCUGGUACUACACUGCGCAAAGUUCUUAAACAGAACCUGACUCCAUACCUGGAACAGUUUGAGUCCAUCAGCGCUGCUGCUAGAAAAGAAUUUUCCCUGGAGAAGGCUAUGCAAACCAUGUUGCAUGUUUGGGAUGGGAUUUCUUUCCACCAUCAGCCUUACAGAGAAACUGGAGUGUCAAUUCUGACUGCCUUGGAUGAGAUCCAGACAAUGCUAGAUGACCAGAUUGUGAAGACUCAGACUAUGAGAGGCUCACCGUUCAUCAAACCAUUUGAAAACGAGAUCAAGCGAUGGGAGAAGCGUCUUCUCCGAAUCCAGGAAACCAUAGACGAGUGGCUGAAGGUGCAGGCCCAGUGGCUCUAUCUGGAGCCCAUCUUCUCCUCUCAGGACAUCAUGCAGCAGAUUCCUGAGGAGGGACGACUUUUCCAAACUGUUGACAAAAACUGGAAAGAAGUUAUGAGGCAUUGUGUAAAGGACUCAAAGAUUCUGGCAGCUACCUCACUGCGCGGUUUGCUAGAGAAACUGCAAGAUUCCAAUAACCUCAUGGAAACCAUCAUGAAAGGAUUGAAUGCAUAUUUGGAGAAGAAGCGUCUCUUUUUUCCACGGUUUUUCUUCUUGUCCAAUGAUGAAAUGUUGGAAAUCUUGUCUGAGACAAAGGACCCACUGAGAGUGCAACCCCACCUGAAGAAGUGCUUUGAGGGCAUUUCCAAACUCGACUUCCUACCCAAUCUGGAUAUCCAGGCCAUGUAUAGUAGUGAGGGCGAGCGCGUACAGCUAAUCCAGAAUAUCUCAACAUCUGAAGCCAAAGGAGCGGUGGAGAAGUGGUUGGUACAGGUGGAGGAUCUGAUGAUUCGCAGUGUCAGAGAUGUAGUGGCUCGGUCCAGACUGGCUUAUGCAGAAACUGCCCGGAGCCAGUGGGUGAAGGAGUGGCCUGGCCAAGUGGUGCUAUGCACUUCCCAGAUUUUCUGGACCUUGGAGGUUCAUGAAGCCAUAAGAGCAGGGGCUGAUGGUUUAAAGACCUACUACCAGCAACUCCAGAAUCAGUUGAAAGACAUUGUAGGGCUGGUGAGAGGGAAACUGCCCAAACAAACAAGGACCACUUUGGGAGCCCUGGUUACAAUUGAUGUCCAUGCCAGGGAUGUGGUCAUGGAUCUCCUUGAGAAAGGCAUAUCAUGUGAAACAGACUUCCAAUGGCUAGCCCAGCUUCGUUACUACUGGAACAAUGACAAUGUCCGUGUUCGCAUAAUUAACUGUGAUGUUAAGUAUGCCUAUGAGUAUCUGGGAAACUCACCACGUCUGGUCAUAACUCCACUGACUGACAGAUGCUACAGAACACUGAUCGGGGCUUUCUACCUACAUUUGGGUGGUGCACCUGAGGGUCCAGCUGGAACAGGAAAGACUGAAACCACAAAAGAUCUCGCCAAAGCUCUUGCUGUGCAGUGUGUGGUCUUCAACUGUUCUGAUGGACUUGAUUACCUCGCUAUGGGCAAAUUUUUUAAAGGUCUAGCGUCAUCUGGUGCGUGGGCAUGCUUUGAUGAGUUCAACCGCAUUGAGCUAGAGGUGCUGUCUGUAGUGGCCCAGCAGGUUCUGUGCAUCCAAAGGGCUGUCGAGCUGAAACUGGAGUAUUUCGACUUUGAAGGGACAAUGCUCAAACUCAAUUCAAACUGCUUUGUGUCCAUCACAAUGAACCCUGGCUAUGCAGGACGUUCAGAACUCCCGGACAAUCUCAAGGUGUUAUUCCGAACAGUGGCCAUGAUGGUCCCAAACUAUGCCCUAAUCGCAGAGAUCUCUCUGUAUUCUUACGGCUUCCUCAAUGCCAAACCACUGUCAGUUAAGAUUGUGAUGACCUACAGGCUCUGCUCGGAGCAGCUGUCCUCCCAAUUCCAUUACGAUUAUGGCAUGAGGGCUGUCAAAGCUGUUCUUGUGGCUGCAGGAAAUCUCAAGCUCAAGUUUCCUGAUGAGAAUGAGGACAUACUGCUCCUGAGGUCAAUAAAGGACGUCAAUGAGCCCAAGUUUCUGUCCCACGACAUUCCACUGUUCAAUGGAAUCACAAGUGAUUUGUUCCCGGGCAUCUCUCUCCCUGAGGCCGACUAUCAGCUGUUUCUGGAAGCUUCAGAGGAGUGCUGUAAGAAUCACAACGUUCAGCCAACACAGGUUUUCUUAGAGAAGAUGAUCCAGACGUAUGAGAUGAUGAUAGUCAGACAUGGGUUUAUGCUUGUGGGAGAACCUUUUGCUGGAAAGACCAAAGUGCUUCAUGUUCUAGCUGACGCACUGACUCUCAUGAAUGAAAGAGGGUACGGCGAGGAGGAAAAGAUCAUCUACAGGACAUUGAACCCAAAGUCCAUCACCAUGGGACAGCUCUUUGGACAGUUCGACCUAGUUUCCCAUGAGUGGACAGAUGGGAUUGUGGCCAACACAUUUCGUGAGUUUGCGUCUGCUGACACAUCGGAUCGUAAGUGGGUGGUGUUUGAUGGCCCUAUUGAUACACUGUGGAUUGAGAGCAUGAACACUGUGCUGGAUGACAACAAAAAGUUGUGCCUGAUGAGUGGUGAGAUCAUCCAGAUGUCCAAUCAGAUGAGUCUAAUUUUUGAAGCCAUGGAUCUAUCACAGGCCUCUCCUGCCACAGUCAGCAGAUGUGGUAUGAUUUACAUGGAGCCGUCUCAGUUGGGCUGGGAGCCCUUAGUAAUUUCCUGGAUGAACACUCUUCCUGAUGCUCUUCAGAGCCCUGACAACCGCUCCCUGCUGCUGGAGCUCUUCCACUGGCUGCUGCCGCCUGCUCUCAGGAUUCUGCGUAAACACUGCAGAGUGGUUGUUUCCACUAACAACAGUAACACUGUGGUGUCCUUGUGUCGACUCUUUGAGAUGCUUCUCACAAACCCUGUACAGAAAGCUCCAGGGGAUAAAAAUAUUUGCACCUGGAUCAUGGCAGGUUUUGCCUUCGCCCUGGUCUGGUCUGUGGGUGGCAGCUGCGAUGCAGACAGCAGAGAAAGGUUUAGUGAAUUCUUCAGGGGGAUUGUGUCAGGAAAGGAAGAAGAACAUCCUUUCCCUGCCGCUGUGGGGAAAUGGGAGUGUCCAAUGGACGAGAAAGGCCUGGUGUAUGACUAUUUCUAUGAGUUCAAAGGAAAGGGUCGCUGGAUUCACUGGAAUGAUGGCAUCAAGAAUGUCAACCUGGGGGACAAAACCACCAAAGUGCAGGAGAUCAUUGUUCCCACCAUAGAUACAGUUCGUUACACCUACCUCAUGGAUCUUUGCAUCAGCUAUGGAGUACCUCUGCUGUUUGUUGGUCCUACUGGCACAGGAAAGUCAGUAUAUGUGAAAGAGAAGCUGAUGAACAAUUUGGACAAAGACCGCUAUCUACCUUUCUUCAUCAAUUUUUCAGCUCGGACUAGCGCCAACCAAACUCAGAACAUCAUCAUGUCCAGGUUAGAUAAGAGAAGGAAGGGGGUGUACGGCCCCCCCAUGGGAAAGAAGUGUGUCAUCUUUGUAGAUGACAUGAACAUGCCUGCGCUGGAACAGUUUGGAGCUCAGCCACCAGUGGAACUACUUCGACAGUAUAUGGACCAUGGAAACUGGUAUGAUCUGAAGGAUACCUCCAGGAUCAGUCUUGUUGACCUACAGUUCAUUGCAGCUAUGGGUCCCCCUGGUGGUGGAAGGAAUGCUGUGACAUCCCGCUUUCUUCGGCACUUCAACAUAUUUAGCAUUAACGCAUUCAGUGAUGACACCAUGGUUCGCAUCUUCUCCAGCAUUGUAGCUUUUUACCUGAAAAACAAUGAAUUCCCACCUGCAUGUUUUACCAUUGGCAGCCAAAUAGUGACAGCAACAAUGGAAGUGUACAAGAAAGCCAUGGAGAAUCUGUUACCAACUCCGGCUAAGUCUCACUACACCUUCAACUUGCGGGACUUCUCACGCGUUAUCCAGGGCUGCUUGCUGCUUAAGAAGGGUUCUCUGGAGAACAAGCGCACGAUGAUACGCUUGUUUGUCCAUGAGGUGCUCCGCGUCUACUAUGACCGCCUGGUGGAUGACAAAGAUCGAGCAUGGCUCUACCAGCUGAUGAACGGCAUCCUCAAAGAACACUUCAAAGAGAACUUUGACCAGGUGUUUGAACACCUGAAACAAGGCGGUAAACUGGUUGAAGAAGACAUGCGGAAUCUUCUGUUUGGCGACUACAUGAACCCUGACCUGGAGGAUGAUGAGCGUUUGUACGCUGAGGUGCCAUCAAUGGACAGCUUUUCAAAUGUAGUGCAGUCUUGUCUCGAGGAAUACAACCAAAUGCACAAGAAUCACAUGAACCUUGUCAUCUUUCGGUAUGUCCUUGAGCAUCUGUCUCGUAUCAGCCGUGUGUUGAAGCAGCCGGGAGGUAAUGCCUUACUAGUGGGAGUGGGAGGCAGUGGACGCCAGUCAAUCACCCGUCUGGCGACAUCCAUGGCCCACAUGACCAUGUUCCAACCAGAGAUCUCUAAGAGCUACGGCAUCAUUGAGUGGAGAGAUGACCUGAAGAUGCUGCUGAAAAAUGCUGGGGUGAAAGGUCAGAAAACCGUGUUCCUGCUAACUGAUGCUCAAAUCAAAGAUGAGGCUUUUCUAGAGGAUGUGGACAGUGUGCUGAACACAGGGGAGGUUCCCAAUCUGUUUGCAAUAGACGAGAAGCAGGAGAUCAUGGAGACAGUACGUCCUAUUGCCCAGGCUGGUAAUAAGAACUUGGAGUUGAGUCCUUUGACUCUGUUUGCCUUCUUUGUGGCGCGUUGUAGAGAGAACCUGCAUAUUGUUGUGGCCUUCAGUCCUAUUGGAGAUGCCUUUCGAAAUCGCCUCCGCCAGUUCCCGUCCCUUAUCAAUUGCUGUACCAUUGACUGGUUCCAGCCAUGGCCAGAGGAGGCUCUUGAGCGGGUAGCCAACUCCUUCCUGGAGUCAUUGGAGAUGAGUGAAAAUGAAAGGAAGGAAGUGGUACCCAUCUGCAAGACAUUCCAUACCUCUGCCAAAACUCUCUCUCAUCGAUUCCUCUCUGAACUGGGUCGCCAUAAUUACGUGACACCCACAUCCUACCUGGAACUGAUUGCAGCUUUCCGGCUGCUUCUCACUCAAAAAAGAGAUACUGUCAUGAAAGCAAAACAGAGGUAUACCAACGGUCUGGAUAAACUAGCCUUUGCUGAAUCUCAGGUUGGUGAGAUGAAGAAGGAGCUUGUAGACCUACAGCCCAAACUGGAACAGGCAAAAAUAGACAACACCAAAAUGAUGAAGGUGAUUGAGGUGGAGUCUGUAGAGGUGGAGGCUAAAAGUAAAAUUGUACGUGUUGAUGAGGAAGCAGCAACUAUAAAAGCCGAUGCGGCUCAGGCUCUGAAGAAUGAGUGUGAGAGUGACCUGGCCGAGGCCAUCCCUGCCCUGGAGGCUGCUCUCUCCGCCCUGGACACUUUGAAGCCCUCUGAUGUGACAAUUGUAAAGUCGAUGAAAAAUCCCCCUUCAGGGGUGAAGCUGGUCAUGUCAGCUGUGUGUGUGAUGAAGGACAUAAAGCCGGAUAAGAUAGCUGACCCAGCUGGGACUGGAAAAAAGGUUUUGGACUACUGGGGUCCGAGCAAGAAGCUACUGGGUGACAUGAACUUUUUACGAGAUCUUAGAGUAUAUGACAAAGACAACAUUCCUGUCCAUGUGAUGCAAAAGAUCCGUAGUGAGUACAUGACUAAUCCUGAAUUUGAGCCCAGUAUAGUGGCAAAGGCGUCCUCUGCAGCAGAGGGCCUUUGCAAGUGGAUCAAAGCAAUGGAGGUGUAUGACAGAGUGGCAAAGGUUGUGGCUCCUAAGAAGGCAAACCUUGCAGAGGCGCAGGAGUCGCUAGCUGCUACCAUGGCCCUGCUGGACCAGAAGAGAGGUGAACUAAAGGAGGUUGAAGACCGUUUGGGUGCCCUUCAGAAAACCUUUGAGGAGAAGACAGAGGAGAAGGCCCAGCUGGAGUUCCAGGUGGAUUUGUGUGCCAGGAAGUUGGAGAGGGCAGAGAAACUUAUUGGUGGUCUGGGCGGAGAGAAGACCAGAUGGUCUAAGGCAGCAGAUGAUCUGCAGAGCACAUAUGACAACCUGACUGGAGACGUUCUCAUUUCCGCUGGGGUCAUCGCUUACCUGGGGGCCUUCACUGCUGGCUUCAGACAGGACUGCACCAAGUCAUGGACUAAACUCUGCCAAUCCAAGAAAAUCCCAUCAUCAGAUGACUUCUCCCUCAGUAAGACCCUGGGAGAUCCUAUUAAGAUUAGGGCCUGGAAAAUUGCAGGCCUUCCCAGUGACUCUUUCUCUAUCGAUAAUGGUGUCAUUGUCAGUAAUUCACGAAGAUGGCCCCUAAUGAUCGACCCUCAGGGUCAGGCCAACAAGUGGGUGAAGAAUUCAGAGAAAGACAACAACCUGAGUGUGAUCAAGCUGACAGAUGGGGACUACAUGAGAACUUUGGAAAACUGCAUUCAGUUUGGAACACCUUUGCUCCUGGAAAAUGUAGGGGAGGAGCUGGACCCAUCGCUGGAACCAUUGCUGCUCAAACAAAUCUUCAAACAAGGCGGUGUGGAUUGCAUCAGGCUUGGGGAGAGUGUUAUUGAAUACUCCUGUGAAUUCCGUUUCUACAUCACCACUAAGCUGAGGAACCCACACUACCUACCAGAACUGGCUACUAAGGUAUCUCUGCUUAACUUCAUGAUUACCCCAGAGGGCCUGGAGGACCAGCUACUUGGGAUUGUGGUCGCCAAGGAGAGGCCAGAGCUGGAAGAGGAGAGAAAUGCACUAAUCCUGCAGUCAGCUGCUAAUAAGAGACAGCUAAAGGAAAUUGAAGACAAGAUCUUGGAGACACUGCAGUCGUCUGAGGGAAAUAUCCUGGAGGAUGAAAGUGCCAUUGAAAUUCUGGACUCUGCUAAAAUCAUGUCCAAUGAGAUUACCAAGAAACAGCAGAUUGCAGAGAAGACAGAGAUCAAGAUAGCAGAGUCUAGAGAAGGUUAUAGAGCCAUAGCCAAGCACUCCUCCAUCCUGUUCUUUAGCAUUGCUGAUCUCACCAACAUAGACCCCAUGUACCAGUACUCUCUCAGCUGGUUUGUCAACCUCUACAUUAACUCUAUUCAAGACAGUAACAAGUCCAAGAUCCUUGAGCGGCGGCUUCGAUACCUGAUUGAUCAUUUCACCUAUAACCUCUACUGUAACGUCUGUCGCUCUCUUUUUGAGAGGGACAAACUUCUCUUUUCAUUCCUCCUCUGCAGCAAUCUUCUGUUGGCAAAAAAGGAGAUUGAAUACUCUGACUUAAUGUUUCUACUGACUGGAGGAGUUGGUCUGCAGAACACUAUUGCCAACCCAGACCCCAGCUGGCUACAGGACAAGAGCUGGGAUGAGAUUUGUAGAGCCAGUGAUCUGCCUAGCUUACAAGGAAUUAAAGAGGCUUUCAUCAAAAGCCCAGAAGACUUCAAGCCCAUUUAUGACAGCAAAGAGCCAUGCAACACUCCUCUGCCCACUCCCUGGUGUGAAGAACUUAAUGAGCUGCAAAAGAUGAUCAUUGUUCGAUGUCUCAGGCAGGACAAGAUAGUGCCAGCUGUGACUCAAUACGUGACUGGCAAACUGGGCAAGAAAUUUGUCCAGCCCCCUCCCUUUGACCUGAGUAAAAGCUACUUGGACUCAAACUCCACCAUCCCUCUUGUGUUUGUGCUGUCCCCGGGAGCGGAUCCCAUGGCUAGCUUAUUGAAGUUUGCCAAUUACAAAAACAUGGAUGGUGCCAAGUUCCAGUCCAUCUCUCUGGGGCAGGGCCAGGGACCCAUUGCUGCCAAAAUGAUAUCCACCGCCAUGCAGGACGGGACGUGGGUGUGUUUGCAGAACUGUCACCUGGCUGUUUCCUGGAUGUCCACCCUGGAGAAAAUCUGUGAGGAUUUCAGUCCAGCAACAUGCCACCCUGACUUUCGACUUUGGCUCACAAGCUACCCUUCAGCCAAAUUUCCAGUGACCAUCCUGCAGAAUGGGGUGAAAAUGACUAAUGAGCCUCCUACUGGACUCCGCCUCAAUCUCUUGCAGUCUUACUUGUCAGAUCCUGUUUCUGACCAAAACUUCUUCAAUAACUGCCCCGAAAAAGAGCUGAUUUGGGAGAAGCUACUGUAUGGCCUGUGCUUCUUCCAUGCUCUUGUUCAGGAAAGAAAGAAGUUUGGUCCACUGGGCUGGAAUAUUCCCUAUGGUUUUAAUGAAUCUGACCUACGUAUAAGCAUCCGACAGCUACAGCUAUUUGUGAAUGAAUAUGAUAAGGUUCCCUUUGAGGCUAUAUCUUACCUGACUGGAGAGUGUAACUAUGGCGGCCGUGUGACAGACGACUGGGACAGGCGGCUCCUGUUGACCAUCUUAGCAGAUUUCUACAACAAGGACAUCAUUAAGACACCUCGCUACCCCUUCUCACCUAGCGGUGAAUACCACGCCCCACCCAAAUCCAACUAUGAGGACUACAUUGAAUUCAUCAAGGAACUUCCAUUCAGCCAGCAUCCAGAGGUUUUUGGGAUGCAUGAAAAUGUAGACAUUUCUAAAGAUCUGCAGCAGACAAAGCUGUUGUUUGAUUCCCUGCUGCUUACCCAGGGUGGAGGAGCUAAGGGAGGUGGUAGCUCUGGGAGCGACAACACACUGUACGACAUAGCAAAUGACAUACUUACCAAGCUUCCCACUAACUUUGACACAGAAUCAGCUCUGUUGAAGUUCCCAGUGCUCUAUGAAGAGAGCAUGAACACUGUACUGGUCCAAGAGAUGGAGCGCUACAACACGCUGUGUAGUACCAUCCGUGUGAGUCUACAGAAUCUGUUGAAGGCCAUCAAGGGCUUGGUGGUGAUGGAUGCAGAGCUGGAGGCAGUUGCGGGCAGUCUGAUUGUGGGCAAAGUCCCAGAGAAAUGGGCCAAGCGCUCUUACCCCAGCCUCAAGCCUUUAGGCAGCUACAUUACAGACUUUCUCUCAAGGCUUAAGUUUCUGCAGGAUUGGUAUGAAGCAAAUAAACCGAACGUGUUCUGGCUGUCUGGCUUCUUCUUCACCCAGGCAUUUCUGACUGGCGCUAUGCAGAACUACGCCCGAAAAUACCACAUCCCAAUUGACCUGCUAGGCUUUGAGUAUGAGGUUCUUCCUAUUGAUGAGUCAGACACAUCGCCAGAGGACGGGGUUUAUGUAAAUGGAAUGUUUCUUGAUGGAGCUCGGUGGAACAAAGAAAGUGGAGUUCUGGCUGAGCAGCAUCCCAAAGUCCUGUUUGACGUAAUGCCAAUCAUCUGGAUAAAACCAACUCAAAAGAGCACCAGUCAGCAGAAGCUGUUUGUCUGCCCUCUCUACAAGACGAGUGAGAGGAAAGGAACACUCUCUACCACAGGCCACUCCACAAAUUUUGUCAUAUCCAUGACGUUGCCCACUAGCAGGCUCCCUCAGCACUGGAUCAAGCGUGGUGUUGCCAUGCUCUGCCAGCUUGACGACUGAGUUCAGACA